AGAAAGGAGACAUGCCAUCGCGAUAAUCGCUUUGUGAAGGAGGUAACGGUAUGGAUGAACGAGUGUGGCGGCGAGUGGCCCCGAAGUGAUCGCCGAUCGCGCUGCGCGUCCCAACACGCGUCCGUCCGUCCGUCGUCACGUCGUGCGUCGGCCGCGCCGCGUGCAGGCAGGUGUAAUUUAAUAAGCGCAGGCAGGCUGGGGAGGCUGGUGGCUGGCUGGCGAUUUAACAGGAUAUCGAUUUGUCUGGUGGCGGCGAGUCAGUGCCGCCGCCACCGCCACCGUUGUCGCCGCCACUGCCGUUGCUGCUCGCGGCACACCGCACACAAGACACGCAGCACCGCGUACGGCUGUCAGGCGUUACGGGAACAGCCAUGGAUGUCGAUAUUUUUGGGGCACAGCGGUGUGCAGCUGUGCCGUGUGCGUGUGCGACCGCGUGCCCGAUAGGCGACGAGAUGUGACGCGAGACGACCGCCCCGGCGACGAUUAUUCCGUUUCAACACGUAGAGAGGAGCGUGGCCAGUACGGGCAGAGAAAGAGAAGAGGGAGAGAGAGAAAAAAAGAGAGAGAUACACGCAUACACACACGGACAACGCGAUUGCGAUCGGUUGAACGAGAAGCGAGAAGCGGAUGCCUACAUACGAUAAGGUCCGUUUGUUGUGUUGGUUCAUUAUACGUCGCGUGGAACGCUCUUCUUCUACUAGAGUCGCCGCAAUUCGAUUGUACGUAUAAAGUUGAUCGCCGACCCAUAGGUAACAAUGGAGCUCAAUGGUACGGGAACAUCCGUCGGGGCCAUGGCCUGUCCCGUGUGUACCCUGUAUUUACGCGAGGGCAUCAGUUUGCAGAAGCAUUUGGAUACUCAUCCCAAGGAACAGGUUAUAGAUGCUCUCAUCAAAGCCAGUACCCCUUCGUUACAGACGCAACAGCAACAGCAGCACCAGCAGCAACAGCAGCAGCAGCAGCAGCAGCAACAGCAGCAGCAGCAGCAGCAGCAGCAGCAGCAGCAACAGCAUGCUUUAUCAGCAUCAGCAGCAACAUCAUUACCAUUAUCACUGCAGGCACAAGCUGCACUUCAGACUCCUACCUCCAUCCAGACGCCCCAUACGUCCUCCCAAGUCUCGCAGAACGCGCAUAUUUCUACUCACUCUCCAUAUCCUGUAGGACCCAUUUUUGAAUGUCCACCCAUAAGUACCAUGAUGCCACCGCAGUUCACCUCAUUCAGCUAUCAGCAAUUCGUGAACAAUGGGACCAUGAUGAUACCACAGUACGCGAUGGCGCCGCAAGCCAAUCAAAUGAUGCAGAUGCUGUACAAUCCAUACGGUAUGUACCAACAGCAAAUACCCACCGUCCAAAUGAUCUCACCAGUUGCAGCUGUUCUUGGCGCAACGACAAGGAUUCGGCCAGUGGUUACUAUAGCUGGUGAGAGCAACGUCAGAACACUGACGGUUCCUGUAAAUAGUCCCGAGCCGAAACAGAUUCUACCUGAGAUUUUGCCGGAGACGGAUACCGAAUCAGGACAAGUUAUUCCGGAUGUAAGUCUCUCGGUAUCGCCCGUGCUGCACAACGAGGAUACAUCCAUCAGAGUGAGGGAAGAGAGCGACAACAGCGCGCUGUCAAUCGAUCACCGGGGACAGCAAGCACAGAGUUCUAUAUCACCCGACGAUAGCACCGUACACGAAUACAAUGCUAUUUCUAGAUCUAUUACAAUUUCUUGCGCUAUUGAUAACACUGAUGAGAAAGUGGAGAGUGUAUUACCAGAUAUGGUAGACGAUGAGCCAUCAAAUAAUAUUUCGACCACAGACUUACAAUGUAAAUCUGCAACAUACGAGCAACCAGAAACACAACAGUUUACACAGCAGGUCAUCGAAGAGGGAUACGUGAAUGUAUCCGAUAGAAUGACACCCACAAUUGACAUUGAAUCUGUGGCUUGUGAACAUGAUUCGGAAAUGAUAUGUGACAAUAGAACCGCAAGUCGCAGCAGCAACGUGAACGAUAAUGUUGAAUCACCGCAGGAUCUAGUAGCAAUAGAUACGUUGAAAGACUCUGUUCAAUCCGAGUUUAACUCUUCAGAAAAAUUAGAGAAUUUAAUAACCAUAAUGGAGACGGAGCUCAAUAAUGCUUCUCUUCAGAAAGAAAAUGAUAUACAAAAUGAUCAAGAAAAAUUGGCGGACCCGAAAGAAAAAACCACUGUAGAUAGGGAAGAGAGCGUGAUUCACGAUACAGUAGUCAUUCCGGAUUCCCACGAGAAGGAUCACAUAUUGUCGGACGUGCAGGAAGGGGACAAGUGGGACUCGAGCAAUUCCUUGACUAACGAACUGAGAUUGUUAGAAAAAACUUAUUCGCCACAUACAAUAGACUGUUUGAAAAUGAAUGAAGCGCUGGAUAGACUGCAAAGAACUUUUCAUUCUAAUAAUUAUAAAUAUAGUUUUUCAGCUCCUGCGUCUCCAGUCGCGAGAAGGAAGAGCCGCAAGGUCCGUCGUUAUAACUCGCGAUCGGAACAUGGGUCGUGCGAGAAUCUUAGUGUGUAUCGUCUCCGUGCUGAUUUUGAUGACACCGCGGCCAUGCACGACGACGACGAUGACGAAGACGAUGACGAGGACGACGAGGAUGUUGAUGAGGACGAGAAGAUCGACGAGGAGGACAAUUUUGACGAGGCGGACAUGGAGAUUGAAGAGAUUCCCAGUCCUCACACACCUUUCGCGGAUUGUGGCGUGAGAUCGCACACCCCAUUGUCCACCAUCAGUGGUAUUUCCGUGUUAAGAGUUAGAAAGGAUCUCAGCAAGCCAUGCUCACCCACGUCCAUGCAUUCGUUUCAUCACGUGGACAGCGAUAGCGCAACUCACGACGAGGAUAGUAACGGCGUAGGUAAUGUCACAGAAAAAGAUCCGAUCGACUGUUCACAGAUAGACGAGGAGAAAAUUAAGACUGAUAAUCAGCGUCAGGAGACGCAGGUGGCGGUGUGCGAAAGUGUCGCAAAGAUUCAAGAAUCGAGCAGCAGUUACGCGUAUCAUCAAUCAGUGAUAACCGAACACAUUAGUUCAUUUCCCGUGAUACAUUCACAAUCAUCCGUCUUGAUGCACGAGUCAUAUUCCAUUACGACCAGCACCAAGACUCAAAACCUCUUGAAUCUCUCCGAAUCAAUAAAUCCCACAACCAGUACCGAAUCCAGAAGCUUUCACUCCGCCAAAUCAUUGAUGCCGAAGCAAUCGAUGGAACUGCUCAAUAUAAAUGAAGAUGCUCACGCUGGGCCAAUGAAUGUCUUUGAAUUCGACGGACUGCAAAUAUUAGUUCCUAGUACAUUUAUAAGUGACUCGUCCCAGAAAGCGGUGAGUGCGACCAGCCAGCAAUCUAUGGCAAGUAGCGAGGGUGCAAUAGGUAUCGACGAGGAGGUGAAGAGUAUUAAUAUGCGUGCCGAUGAGACUAUGCCGCCUAGGGGCGAAUUAUCAGAACAAGAGAGUAAUGGAUGCACGGAGCAGUCCGCAUGGCAGUUGUACAUGGGUCAAGAAUCUUCGCGUAUGUCCACCUCUUACGAUCUGUUGGCUCGAGAAAGCUGGGAAGAAUCAGAAGGAUCCGAUAACGAGAUCAGCGGGCCAUUAUUGGACAGUAGAUCGUUGGCCACACACUUUACUUCGAGUUUGUUUCUGGAUCGAGAUCGGAAGACACCGACCAAACGAACAUUCAAGUGUUCCCACUGUAGCGAAGUGUUUGAUUGUCCGAAGGAACGUAGAGUUCAUAGCACAACGGUGCAUAAGGAUGCAAUGCCCAGUAGUAGUAGAGAUCAGUUGGAUCAACCAGAAGUAAAGGACAUUAAGUUGCUGGAUAGUCGCAUGAAUAUGUUCGACGAUAUAUUUAUGCCGAGUAUACAUAUGCAACAGCACAUGUAUCAUCAUCAGCAACCGAUGUUGCACCAACUGCAGCCACCGUCACAGCCUGGAUCGGACGGUUUGACGAAGGCCGAGGCCGACCAGAAGAUCGGCGAAAAUCUAGUGAUACCGUCGAAUAUUGAGGUGGUCUGCACGAUAUGCAAUCAGCGAUUCAAUAGCGAGAAGUCUCUGCAGGCGCAUCACCGACGCAUGCAUAUCGCCGACCAAGGGAAUAAUUCAUUAAGGAGAAUCAACUAUUUUGACAAAAUGUCGACGAAGAGAAAAAACGACACGCAAGUACCAGCCGAGGAGAGCGACUUGCUCUCGAUUCGGCCUCUUGGUGCAGGCCAGGAAGUUGGCAGGUCAUGUAUUAUGUUAGAAUUUAAAGGGAAGAAAAUUAUGUUGGACUGCGGUAUACAUCCCGGGCUUUCGGGAAUGGACGCCCUUCCGUUCGUCGACCUUGUCGAGGCUGAUGAGAUUGACCUGUUGCUGAUCUCCCAUUUUCACUUGGAUCAUUGCGGAGCACUACCCUGGUUUCUUUUAAAGACGAGCUUCAAGGGUCGCUGCUUUAUGACGCACGCCACCAAGGCAAUUUAUCGCUGGUUAUUAUCAGACUACAUCAAGGUAAGCAAUAUAGCCACUGAGCAGAUGUUAUACACGGAAUCCGAUCUGGAAACCAGUAUGGACAAAAUAGAGACGAUUAACUUCCAUGAGGAGAAAGACAUGUUUGGAAUCAAGUUUUGGGCCUACAACGCGGGUCACGUGUUGGGUGCUGCUAUGUUCAUGAUAGAGAUUGCAGGCGUAAAAAUUCUAUACACGGGAGAUUUUAGCCGGCAGGAGGACAGACAUUUGAUGGCCGCUGAGAUCCCGAAUAUUCAUCCCGAUGUACUCAUCACCGAGUCCACUUAUGGCACUCACAUUCACGAGAAGAGAGAGGAUCGAGAAGGUAGAUUCACGAAUCUUGUGCAUGAGAUUGUCAACAGAGGUGGCAGAUGCUUGAUACCUGUAUUUGCUCUGGGAAGAGCACAGGAGCUUCUUCUUAUUUUGGAUGAGUAUUGGAGUCAGCAUUCGGAAUUACAUGAGAUACCAAUCUAUUAUGCUUCCUCAUUGGCGAAAAAGUGUAUGGCUGUUUACCAGACAUAUGUGAAUGCCAUGAACGACAAGAUCAGGCGGCAGAUAGCUAUCAACAACCCUUUCGUAUUCAAGCAUAUCUCUAAUUUGAAGGGCAUAGAUCACUUUGAGGACAUUGGUCCAUGCGUGGUGAUGGCUUCACCCGGUAUGAUGCAGAGUGGCUUAUCCAGAGAGUUGUUCGAAUCAUGGUGCACAGAUGCCAAAAACGGGGUGAUUAUAGCUGGCUAUUGUGUGGAGGGCACGCUAGCGAAGACUAUCCUAUCGGAACCAGAGGAGAUUACGACUAUGUCAGGGCAAAAGUUACCACUGAAGAUGUCUGUUGAUUACAUUUCGUUCUCAGCUCACACCGACUAUCAGCAAACGUCGGAAUUUAUACGCACUUUAAAACCGCCGCAUGUAGUGCUGGUGCAUGGUGAGCAGAAUGAAAUGGGUAGGUUGAAAGCAGCGUUACAACGGGAAUACGAGGACGAUCCCAACACCACCAUGGAAAUACAUAAUCCGCGAAACACGGUCGCAGUGGAACUCUAUUUCAGGGGCGAGAAGACUGCAAAAGUGAUGGGCACGCUGGCGAUGGAAACUCCUAGACCGGGACAGACGUUAUCCGGCGUGUUGGUCAAAAGGAACUUCAAUUAUCAUAUGUUAGCUCCAUGCGAUCUGUCCAAGUACACGGACAUGAGUAUGAGCCAAGUUAUACAACGACAGAGCGUAUACUUUUCUGCAUCUUUACCUGUACUAAAGCAUCUGCUGACACAGAUAGCCGGUCACUUAGAGGUCGUAGACGAUAAAAAACUGAGAAUAUUCAAGAACGUCGACGUCACAAUUGAUGGCAAGAUCAUCACAAUGGAAUGGAUAGCGACGCCAGUGAAUGACAUGUAUGCAGAUUCCGUUCUCACUGCGAUUCUGCAGGCCGAAAUAAUGGAUCAGUCACCAAAGGUUUUGCCCGCACCCACCAAAAUGGACAGGAUGCACUUUAAGGAGUGCCUCAUAGAGAUGCUGCAGGAGAUGUUCGGCGAGGAUUCCGUGCCCAAGAUAUUCAAAGGCGAGAAACUCUAUGUCACAGUAGAUGGUAAGAAGGCGCAUAUAGACUUGUUGAAUUUGGAUGUGACCAGCAAAGACGAGACUUUCCAGCAGAUAGUUCAAACGGCGGUUACGAAAUUGCAUCAAUCGUUGGCACCGCCUAGCGAUGUAAUAUAG